AUGGCGCGACCGGCCGAUUUAACGGCGCUGGCGGGGACGGUGGCGAACGGGCGCGCCAGCCGAGCACCCGCAGUGGCCGCUACCACGAUCGCCACCCCCCGACGCGGCUUCCUCCCACCGGUUCGCGUGCACUCCUGGGCUCGACGAAACAUCGAAACCCUAGGUAGUAGUUUGUUAAUCUGUGACCUAAUGCCUGUGUAUGUUCACUGUAAAGCUAGGAUAAGAAGUAUAACUAUCUUUGGAACUGCAAAGACUAUCUCGACUCGGUCCACAAGCAUUGAGAAAGGUUAUAGAAGAUGCAGAACUGUAUCCUAUAAGAGGCCUUUUUCAUUCAAAGAUUUCUUCCUAGAGAUUGAUAAUUACUUUCUUGGAAUACAUGGUGAUGAGCUUGGUGGGUUCUCAAGAAGAGUUAGCUUUCUUUAUUAUAACAGUAAUGCUUUUGCGUUUCUCAUCACAGGAUUUCAGGUUUGCCAUUCAUUGGGUGGAGGUACUGGCUCUGGGAUGGGCACCCUGCUCAUCUCAAAAAUCAGGGAAGAGUACCCAGAUAGGAUGAUGCUCACAUUCUCAGUUUUUCCGUCACCUAAGGUGUCUGAUACUGUGGUCGAACCUUACAAUGCUACACUCUCAGUUCAUCAACUUGUUGAGAAUGCUGAUGAGUGUAUGGUCCUUGACAAUGAAGCUCUUUAUGACAUCUGCUUCCGCACUCUGAAGCUUGCUAAACCCACUUUUGGUGACCUGAACCAUCUCAUCUCUGCAACCAUGAGUGGUGUUACCUGCUGCUUGCGGUUCCCAGGCCAGCUGAACUCUGACCUCCGGAAGCUUGCAGUCAACUUGAUACCCUUCCCUCGCCUCCAUUUCUUCAUGGUUGGCUUUGCACCACUGACAUCGAGGGGAUCCCAGCAGUACCGUGCCCUCACCGUCCCCGAGCUGACCCAGCAGAUGUGA